AAGAUUGAGGGCUGUUGGGCUUACUUUGUCGUCGACCUUGGUCGAUGGCGGAGUUUACGCUUAUGGAGGGCUUAUCUCCAGGAAGGUACUCAACACCACCAAAACAGGUGAUUGAUGACCGGAGUUAACCCCGUCAAACUUCGGCGAUUACCAUACAGCCGUUCCAUCGACAUGAUCGGGACGAAUAUCAGGGCUGGGUUGGCAGCUCUGAAAUGGUUCACGAGACGGCCGCGGCUACGUCACCAUGACGUGUGGCAUGGUAUAAAGAGCUCACGAUGUUCAGACGAACAGAACCAGAGACGACGACAAAAACAGCAACACCCGAGGACACAUCGUUAACAACGACCUCUUCAACUCCCCGUCAACAAUCAAGCAUUUCCCAGCCGGCGCACAGCAAAACCUCUCAUCAUGGCCACCACCGCCCCCGACUCCAAAACCAUCGUCCUCAUCACCGGUGCCAACCGCGGCAUCGGCUUCGAAAUCGCCAAGCACCUCAGCACCUCCCUCGACAAAAGCUACCACAUCAUCCUCUCCGGCCGCCGCCUCUCCUCCGUCGAGUCCGCCAUCACCACCCUGCGCUCCCUCCCCAACCUCCACGCCUCCACCACCCUCGAACCCCUGACUCUCGACCUAACCUCCGACACCUCCAUCUCCGCCGCCGCCGCCCAAAUAUCCGCCAAACACGGCCACCUAGACAUCCUAGUCCACAACGCCGCCAUCGCCUCUUCUUCUCUCUUCACACACGUCGCAGACCCACACGCGCCAGAGAUAGAAAGAGGGGAGUGGCAUUCCGUCUUCGACACGAACCUCAUCGGUCCCGCUCUCCUAACCGACAAACUCCUCCCCUUACUAUCCGCAUCCCCAAAGCCAGAGAGGAAGAUCGUCUUCGUCAGCUCAAAACUAGGUUCCAUAAACUACACCUUCAACGAAGCCAACAGCCGUAACUUCGACUUGGAUUACGUCACGAGGCAUUACACCGAGUAUAGCGCCAGCAAGGCGGCGUUGAACAUGUACGCAAAGCAUCUGGCGUGGAGAUUGGGACAUGCCAAGGAGGGAGGAGGGGAGAAGUGGAAGGUCAAUGCGGUUUGUCCGGGAUAUACGAAGACGGGGUUGAAUGAUUUUAAGGGGACGCAAGAGCCCUGGGAAGCGGCGGAGAUUGUGGUGAGGGUUGUGCAGGAGGAAGGGGGGCCGACGGGGACGUUUAGGGAUAAGGAGGGUGAAGUGCCGUGGUGAUACAUAGGCGCAUUGGGUGAAACUGAGGUGGUCGUCGUGGUGGUGAGGACUGGGGUGCCCGGAGAUGUGAGGGUUAGGGUUGAGCAAAGGACCUCG